UGACGACACCACUCGGCGUCGGCGUGGUGCGUAGCGUAACAUUCCAUUGAGAAGAAGAGGGGAAAGAUGGCGUCCUCUAACAAUCCUCGCAAAUUUAGCGAAAAAAUCGCUCUGCAUAACCAGAAACAGGCGGAGGAGACCGCGGCGUUCGAGGAAGUCAUGAAGGAGCUGAACAUCACCAGAGCUGCCCGGUUGCAGUUACAGAAGACCCAGUAUUUGCAACUAGGGCAGAAUCGUGGACAGUACUAUGGAGGCUCACUGCCCAAUGUCAAUCAGAUUGGAAAUGGCAACAUUGACCUGCCUUUUCAGAACUCGGUGCUGGAUACCAGUCGAACAACCAGGCACCACGGGCUGGUGGAGCGUGUUUACCGUGACCGGAACCGCAUCACAUCUCCUCACCGCCGGCCGCUGUCAGUCGACAAACAUGGACGCCAAAUUGACAGCUGUCCUUACAGCUCAGUUUACCUCUCACCACCGCCAGACACUAGCUGGAGAAGGACAAAUUCAGACUCUGCCUUACACCAGAGCGCCAUGAAUCCGAAGCCCCAGGAGGUGUUUGCAGGGGGAUCGCAGGAGCUGCAGCCAAAACGAGUACUGCUGCUAACAGUGCCUGGGAUGGAGGACUCAGAGUCGAACGCAGACAAGGAUGCACAGGAACAGUUGUGGAAUGACAAGAAGGAUGAGUCGAAGCCCAACACAUGCGAUGUCCCUGGAAUCAAUAUAUUCCCAUCACCAGACCAGGAAUUGAACCCAUCUGUGCUCCCAGCUGCGCACAACACCGGCGGUUCGCUGCCUGAUCUGACCAACAUCCAGUUCCCUCCUCCACUGUCCACUCCGCUGGACCCCGAGGACACUGUGGCCUUCCCCUCCCUCAGCUCGUCCAACAGCACGGGCAGCCUGACCACCAACCUCACCCACCUGGGCAUCAGCGCAGCCAGUCACGGGAUCCCCACCUCCUCUCAGCCCACCAUGACUGUAACGGCACAGCGCCGGCAACCUCCUGUGGUGCCGCUCACCCUCACCUCUGACCUCCAUCUCCAACAGUCGCCACAGCAGUUCUCUCCCACCCUGUCCUCACCGGUCAACAUCACACAGGCCGUACCAACAGAGUCAUUGACCCUGGAGCAGCUUGCCCAGUAUCCCCUGUUCAACCAGUUGACGGUUCAGGCCCAGGUUCAGCUGCUCAGUGACCUGCAGAAGCAGCAGCAGGUCCUGUCGCAGGGCAUCCAGCUCAUCACUUUCCCGACUCCAGCCUCCACUGGCACCGCCAGCAGCCCCUCCCCAGACAGCCAGACCCAGACAACCGCCAGCAUCAGCAUCAGCUCGUACCGCAAUCAGACUGGCUCACCAGCCACUCAGUCUCCAACCUCCCCAGUCUCCAAUCAAGGCUUCUCCCCCGGCGGCUCACCUCAACACAUCCCCUUAGUGGGCAGUAUAUUUGGCGACUCCUUCUAUGAUCAGCAGUUGACAUCGAGGCAGACCAAUGCACUUUCUCACCAGCUGGAGCAGUUCAACAUGAUCGAGAACCCCAUCAGCUCCGCCAGCCUUUACAACCAGUGCUCCACCCUCAACUACACACAGGCGGCCAUGAUGGGCCUCACUGGCAGCAGCCUACAGGACUCUCAGCAGCUCGGCUACAGUAGCCACAGCAACAUCCCCAAUAUCAUCCUCACAGUCACAGGUGAGUCUCCUCCGAGCCUCUCCAAAGAGCUGACCAACUCUCUGGCUGGUGUCGGCGAUGUCAGCUUCGACACAGACUCUCAGUUUCCUCUGGACGAGCUGAAGAUCGACCCGCUCACCCUGGACGGACUGCACAUGCUCAACGACCCCGACAUGGUGCUCGCCGACCCGGCCACCGAGGACACGUUCAGGAUGGACAGGCUGUAACGUUAGAGGCUGACUGUGGCCAAUAACAAGAAGAGGAAAAAAAAAAAACACUAACUUGUGAAUGGAGAGAAACAAAGGGCAGGAUGAACCCUCUCCCUCGUUGCAUGGCUGUCCAGCUGUCCGACCUCGCCCUCAUCUCCGUGAAGCCCUUCGAAACGACGCGCCACCCAAAGACAGCAGGGAAUAAGACAUCCAGUGGCUUGCUGGGGAAUGGCCCUGCUGUCCAUUUGAAUGAGAUUGGUCGCUCAGCGCUUUCGCUAGCCUGCUGUGUUUACAGUGUACCAUUACAUGCCACAUAUAUUCCAAACGCACAUUUGACCUUUUUUUUUUUUCUUCAUAUCCACUUAAGUAUUUGUUUAUAUUUGCUCGUAGCAGGAAGCUGCUCGGACAUUGGGCUAAACCGUUUCCUGUUAUAACGGCUGUUGUUCAAAAAACCAACAAAAAAAGAGGAUUAAAAAAAAAAAAACUCCAUCCGGUUUGCUCGUACCUGGCGAUCAGGUGAAUUGGUUUUCCCAUCAUGCUGUAACAGCUUUCUAUUUCACACUCAAAGCUUUAUUUUUGACAACCAAAAGUUAUUUUCAUCAUGUACUGUAUGUUUUGAUGCUUUAUGUAUUUAUAUGUUCUAUUUAUUUAUUUGGUUAAAGAUUUUAUAUUCUAUUUCAUAAUUUAAAUUUGAUGCCAAAAUGCUCUCUGUCAGCAUAGUGUACAAUUGCACUGAUGUAAUUUGUGUCUAUUUAUUAAUCACUAACAUAUUUAUAUUGUGUUUGUUAAGCUACUUGGUUAAUGAAGGAGUGCAAAACCUCCCCAUAGUUGCUCUUCGGUGUUAGAUGUGCCAUUCUCCGAUGUAGGCACGUGCUAGACGUUGCCGUGCUGCCGCCCACCGCUUAAAUCAAAACGUCCUAGUUUCCAAUAAUGGAUGGUUCUACGCCACUGAAAUUAUUUUUUAUCUGAGAAAAUCAUCAGGUAUUUCUAUUCAACUAGAAAGCGAGAGAAACGCGUCCAAAAUUAAUGUUCUGCAGGUAAAAAGCCAACACACGUUCAGACUGCCGCCGUCUGUUUUUAAACCAGAGAACACUAAAAUCUCAAAUCUUUUGAAGUCGUCACUGUGAAAUCACCUGAUUUUGCCUUACAUGAGUGUUCUACUGUUCUACUUCAGUGUCUAACGUGACAGCGUAUUUUCGUAACUUAUUGUAACAUUUCGUGUAUUUGAGAGGAACUUAACUUUUGAUCAGUGAUACUUGUGGUUCUGUUGUGUAAGGUUUGACAAAUCAAUGUACUGUAUUUUGUAGCGGUACAGUUUAUAGCCAAAUUGUCAAUGUUUUUUAAAAGUGGGGCAAAAAAAAUAAGAAACUUAAAAAAAAAUUCAAAGUAUGGGUUUGAAGCAAUUAUGGGGAGGCUUUUUGCUCCUGAACAGGGAAGCUCUAACAAAAACUCUGCUGAUCUUUGCCACAGUCAAUAACAAAGUACUCUACAGCAAAUAGAGAUUUCCACCAUCGAUUGUAGGAUAUAACUUAAAACGCCUUCAAACAGUUGUAUCCAUAAGAUGCAAUCUUACGAUUUCAGAGUUUAUGAAAAUAAGGAUAUUUUUACUAUAGUAAGUAAAGUGAACAGAACAUAGAGGUUCCGUAUAAGAAAGAAUGAGUGUAUUUAUAUAUUUAAAGUACUUUAUGCAAUGUCUUGCCAGCAACAAGAUCGGCCUUGUUCUAUUCAGUGUUGCAAACACCUAAAAUGGUCACAACAACAACAACAACAGUCGAGGACGUAGUCGAGUCUGAAACUGUAAAUGUACUCGCAUCAUCACUAACUAUUUCCAUGACAAACACACGUCUCUUUUGCCAAAAUGUAUGAAAACAAGUGUCAAAUUUAAAAAAACUGCACCUCAGAUUUCAGUCUGCUUCGGCCUUUUGUCAGAGUUUCCCUGAGAGUCGUUUGUAGGUCUGUGGGAUCAUGUUUGGUAUAUUGUUAUAUUUGUGUACAGACGUGCUAAUCACUUACUCACCUAAAGCGCUGUUGGGAAGAAUUCCCCCACCUCCCCCCUUCUUCUUCUUCUUCUUCUUCUUCUUCCCGAGAAAGGAAUCACGUUUGGUUUUACUGCCCACCUCCACAGUUUCUCAUCUGCUGUGCUCCUCCACGAAAAGUUUUGUUUGCCUUUGACAGAUCUGUGAUUCCUAUGCAAAUAAGAGAAAAAAACAAAUCCACCUCCUGAUGUUUUAUUGUUUGACACAUUCCAGAAGUUAAGCUGGAUUUAUACUUUUGCAAUGGUUUGGUGAUGGAGCGAGGCUCAGAGCUGCAUGUAGAGAUGUGAUCAGGCUGCUUGUGUUCUGUGUGACGUGGUGCCAAAGGUUGAACAUGGUAGAAAUGGCUAUUGAGGACAACACGGAGAAAGAGAUUCAGUAUCAUCUCCCAUUGGAAGUAGCUUGAUAUAUUUAUAUUGUGAACUAGUGGCGCCAUUCCAGUGCUAACUAUCUGUCCACCGUCACUGUAUGGUGUUUUUUUUUUCUUUAUUCAAGAGCGAGGUCUUUCAGUUUGAGAGCUGGACUUUUUUGAUUUCACCUUCAGAUUUUGUACCGCUCUCACUUUAACCUUCACAUCUAAGUAGCCCCUGCUUGUGCUUGGAUUUCAAUCACUAGACAAAUGUGUAUUUUGAGAAUAAGCUGCAUCUCCUUGGAUCAAAUUGAAUUGUGAAAAGACGCAGACUUGAUCGGUUGGAGGAUGCUGGCUGCAGGAUGUGGAGUUUUUGCAGUGGUGCUAUGACAAUCAAAUGAAAUAGUUUGCAGAACUAUGAAUUUAUACAGAGAAGCAUAAAUCCAGCUUUACUUAAUACUUUUUUAAAAUCUUUUUUUUGUUUUCUAAAUUGCUCGCCCCGCCUUUGCUUUUCUUGAAUCAUUUGUUGAUAAUUUCGACAACCACCUUCACACAAACUCAGCUCUCUGCCUCUUCUACAGUAAAUUACUUCUGUGUGACUGUUGCUCUUCAAGAAAACAAAUCAUUUUUCUCUCUCUCGAAUCCUAACUUAAGGUUUUAGAUCGAUGAAACAUUUAUCUGUAGUUACUGAAAACAUCUGGCAGUUACGAGCCAGGUACUGAAAAAUAAGCCACUAAAACGAAUCCCCCAGAAAUGCACAACACUUUACCAGAAGCUGAUUUUCUUUAUAUAAAGUCGGAUUUUUCCUCAGUUUUUUAUUACUAAAAAAAAAAAAGUUCUUAUUUGAUCUUUCAGCCUGAUGUCACCGAUGCAGUGUGGGUAUUGCCAGUGGUUGGAGCUCUCCUGUCAUUUCCUCUUCUCUCAUCCUGCUGAAUAACAGUCAUCCACACUGACCUUGUACAUACGCUAUAGCUGAAACUAAAUGCAUGACUAUACUGACAGACAGAACCUCGAUAAACGAAGACCUUCUCUUGCUCCACAGGUUUUGAUCCGUGUAACGUUCAAGCGAUCACACAGUCUAGAGGGAUGCAUGUAUGGGUUUCUCCUGUGCGACAAGUUUUAAUUUCUGUUAAAGUGACUCUGUUACCUCCAUCUCUGUAUAAUGGUUCUUCACGAAUGAUAAAAGAAUGUAAUCUCUGUGGCACCGUCCUAUAGUUCCAGCCUGUUGCCGAAUGACCCCCGACCUUUGGAGUGUUUUGGCCCUUGGCGGCUUCUCUCUUUCUCUCUCUCUCUGCUCUUCAAUCUUCUCCUCCCGACUGUUGCUCGUUCCACUCCUCUUCCUACUGUAGCAUCUGUGCACGAGUCGCUGUAAAUGGUCAAUUCUCGUAUGAAAAAGAGCAUCCCACCUCCUCCUCCUAUCUGCACUACCUUUUUGGCUUGCUUGAGAAAAUGGGAGCGGGCGACGUCCGAUUGCAGAUUGGCACGGCGCACUGGUCGUUUGCAUACGCGGACUUGAAAGUUCUGACGCCUCUGCAUUACGCAGUCAACUGCAUGACAUGAUAGACACGUGAAGAAGAUUCUGACUGUUUUAUCUCGUUGCCUAUCAUGUCAGGUUCUGGACUGGGUAAAGUGUAAUUCUGUUCUGUUUUGUUUUUUUGUGCAAUGGUUUGUCCACUAGUUGCUUGGCACUUUAUUUGUGGCUUCCUGGCUUUUGAGCAGGGACUGUUCUGCCCGAUGUGAAUGCUGACUCUUUCACUACAGAUGUGUACACCGGAGAUAUUUUCAUGUCAAAGAAAAGAUGAAUUCUCUAUUUUCCUUUGUAAACUAUAUUUUGGCUUAUCUUGUUAAUUAUUUUAUUUUAUUUUUUGUUCUUUAAUCCGUGAAGAUUUUAGGAGAUGCAACACUAGAAAGGGCUUACUCCAGUGCAGCUUGCGCGCUCGUGUUGGGAAGGAACGGCGCUCCGAAUGUAUUUCUCUGGUGGUCAUUUCCCCCCCCCACACACACAUCUGAGUGAGUCACGUACAAACAGUGACAUUAAAACGACCCGAGUGCAGUGGUUAGUUUCAGCCUCAAAAAGACUCGACACUCACGCUGCCACUAACAACGCAACAGUGCUGCCUCCGCAGUCUCACCUCCUGAAAUUAUCCAGACCCUAAAACGCAGGUGACAUGACGAAUGUGUGAUUCCUGUCAAAAGUCAAACAUGUGCAGUUCUCCUGCAGAACACCGUGAUCUACCAGAUGUGUACAGCUGCUAGAAACAUGGUGGAUAAAGCACGGUGAGCUUCAAGAUGUGUGAAGGUCACCAAGUUGUCAUCACCAAGUGAUGACGUAUGAGACCAGGAUGUUUCACUCGUCACACAGAGGGAACAGCAAAGGUUAAGAGUUGGAUUUAAGCAGCUAAUACGACUUUGAUUAAAGUUGGAGCUAGAAUGUCACUCAGUGGAGCACAAACCUCCGCCCAGGCCCCACAGUCUUAUAGGGAAAACCAAUUAAAUUCAGGUUUUAUUUCAUCAAGAUCCAUGAAUUAUUCUCUGAGAAUACGUAAAAUUGUGCAAUCUUGACGAAAAAAACUAAAAUAACCUGGAUUCCUGAAGUCUGCAACUAAAUGUUAUGGAUUCUUCCCUGGGUUGUUUCCCACUCCACAAAAUGUCAUUGAAAUCGUUAAGUAGUUUUUUGCAGAAUCCUGCAGACAAACAGUAAAAAUAAAAAAGAUAGUUUUUUUAGGGUAAAAGAAAUACAACCUUUGUUACAUCUUUACUUCUCACAUGUAGACUUUGACUUUUCAUCUUAACACUUUGCAUUAGUGUCACUAAAUCUAGUGAGUCUGAAACUAAACACUGAAUUGUUCAAAAUAAAUUCUGGCCAACGAACUAAAACUGGAGGUCAAUCUUUCAAACUCGAGGAGGACGGAUCAGCUCAAAUCAUCUUCCACGUCUCGUAAUUCAUCAUUGACAUUUCACUCACCUGCUUCUUUUAGGUUGAGACUCCACUUCUCUUUCUAGCACAGCCCAUGUUUCCGUUGUGUUAAAAAGCCUUGAUUCUAAAUCUGAAAACGCAGAUGAGUGAAGCUCAAACAGGCGUCCUGUGUUUCCUCGGUCCCGAAAACAAAAGCUUAGAGUUGCUGCUCAGUCGUUUUUCUGCUUUUUCCCUGAGAGCUUUAGGUCUGAAUAACGUGUCCCUUUAAUAACCUGGGUUUUCUAACCACAAUUCAUAGAAACAUGUAAAAGGUUAUGGGAAAAAAAACACAGUUUAAGUUCCACUUCAAGCUUAUAGUGAGAAUAGCAUUAUAAUCACUGUUGUCCUGUAAGUCGUAGUAACAAGAUCUGUAGUUAUUUAUUUGUUGCCGUGAUUCUCCUUAUGUGACCAUUUGUUUAUAAGAGGAAAGAAAAAUGUCAAUUAAAUUGAAUGUGGAAAAACUGA